UUAGAUGUGUCUGGAAGAUAUGUAACGGCUACCUAUUUAAAUGGAAAAAAAACAAUCUUCACUGCUAAACAUGAGGCGAAAAAAAUUCCAACCUUAUCUGACAAUGGAACGCGUGCCAUUUAUGAACCGAUUAAUUUGGCUGUACAGAACAUGGACCAGCAAAGAAUUGCGCGUCACGAGAGCAAUGAAAUAAUUUGACAGCUCCGUAAAACAGGCGGACUCCUUAAAUUAAGUCCCCGGAAGUUUCGAGCAUGUACGGUAACAAGAUCAAAUGAAUAUUUGCGGUAAUAAUUAUUUUAGCCUCUAUUUACAGAAAUAGUACUUACGCGUCAAUUUUUUUUUCUGGAAUAGCCGUCUUUUUCUUGCCACCUUCAUUUUCUGACAGCCACUGGUGAUUUUCGCCCCAUCCAAAAGAAUCAAAAUGAGUUUCAACCCUAGUUACCGAGAGAUUUUAGGCUACACAGUCUAAUUAUUUAUGAUAACUAGUUCCUCGAAGAAUUAGAAAAUGUGUUUAAAUGUUUGGGAAACGAGAAGCCAAACAGAAUUAGCCGUCAAUUGACGUGAAAUUUUCCAUGGCUUCGUCCCCGGACACAGCGAGGCGCCACUGCGUCGUAAUUCACAAAAAAUCUCGAAGAACUUCGGCACUGAAGACGAAGAAGAAGGCGCAGGCAAAUGGUCUGAAACUCUACGACAUUUCCAAUACAGAUUCUGUGCUGGAAUUCUCGGCAGUUAAAGCGUUGAUGCUACUGAUAAGCAAAUACGCUGCGCGACUGCUGGCAGAUUCGAACCGCAGACGUGCAGUUCGCACGAAGUGUAAAACCAGAUUGCGAAUUCAUAAGCAGGGCGAAUUUUUCGAGUUUGGUGAGCAGGUGGUUUUGGCUAAUUUAUACUGGGGCAUACAGAGCUUAGAAAAGGCGAUCCAUUCGACUAAUGUGGAAGCCAGAAAUGCCGGCCUGGAGAACGCAGAGCGAAAGCUUCAGGUUCCUGCUUUGCUGGACGAGGACGCCACAACGGCAGGAAUGUCGAAUUCUUACAUAAUUUGCUGCGCUUAUUUCCAUCUUGCUCUGGUGUGGAAGCUCAGGAAAAAUGAGUGGCAGAUGGCAUUGCACUUGCUGCAGGCUUUCGUGGUCUCGCCGCAUUAUUGCCGCCUAGAUUUCGCUCCAGGCCUGUGGAAGCAGAUUUUUCUACCACAUGUGAGCUUCCUUGAGAAUGAAUUUGUCUGUGCUUCAGGAGUGGCUGAAGGAGUAGGAAUUGAGCCUGAUGAAUUGCACUUGAAGAAAACUCAAAAGCAUUUCAGGGAUAAAAUCAGUAAUGUGGAGAUUUUGCGCAGUUUUUACAAAGAGGCUUUGAAUAAGGCUACUAGGAAGCGUGCAAAAUAUUACAAGGACUGGCUCACCUAUUAUACUGUUGUGUACAGUGGGAACGACGCAAUGGAUAGCCUGUGUGUAGACAAGCAAAUAUGUGAAGCUAAAUUGGUUCAUGGAGAGCAUACCGUUAAGCAGAAGAAGACUGGUCGAAAGGAAGACGUUAUUCGCCUUCGUGAAGACUUGUAUAAAGAAGAGCCUCUGAAACAGAAGAGCUUAGAGAGUCUUGUGGAACAUGGAAAAGCAAAUGAUGCCUUUGAGAGGAUUCAUGUUGGAAUGGCUUGUCUCCCAGAUCUGUCUGCAGAAGAAAGUCUCAUGAGUAAUGAAGGAAAAGAUUCCAAUGGUAAGUCAUGUCUCAUUUAUAAUGAGAAAGAAGAUGUUGGAAGUGCCUCUCCACUGCUCCAGAUGGAAGAUUGCAAAGCCUCUACUGGAAAGCAAGGUAGAUUCUGUUAUUUGAUGAGCAAGGAAACAGCAGAAAUAAGGUGCCUUUCAGAAAUGUUAAGAGAACCCCAAUCAGAUAUGUCCAUAUCUACAGAUUCGCAUAGCAAUUCUGGUGAAGAAGAAACUGAUUCAGAGAAGAAGACAGAAAAGGAGUUAACAUCUGAAGCUGUGGCUUGCCUGUCAGUUAGGAAUAUCCCCAGGACAGAACAGUUAGAAAGCACAGAACCAGACAUUGAUUCUGGAAGACAAUCUUAUGAGAAAAGCAGUGAAGGAGCAAGUUAUGGACAAAUAUGUCCAAUUAGAUUUUCGAACAACAUAUGCACUCCUUUACACCAGCAAUCUCCUGAUUCUAACAUUAUAGCAACUAACGAGUCUUGUAGGAAAACAUCUGUUUUGCAAGAUCAGUCCUGUUGUGAAAAAAUUAACUCGUUUGAUUUUUCUCAACCUACGAUUGAACAUGUUACCAGACAAUGGUUGGAUCAAUGUAGAUCAGAAGCAUUUGAUUCAUUGAAGCAGAUAAAAUACUCACUGCCUAAUUUUGGAGCACAACUUACCCAUGAUGAUAAAGUACCUUCAUUUACUAGUGACAGAUGCUUUGAUUAUCAUUUGUCGAAAUCUGUAAGGCGUUCAGAUAUUAUAAAUGUGAAGCAGUUGGGAAACUCUGCAAGAAGAAAAUUAGAUUUUCCAGAUAAUAUUAGUGUCUGCCAAUCAGGAAAUUCAAAUAACAAUAACUAUUGUCAAGCACUGGAAAAAGAGGUUGAAUUUGAGCAGGCUAUCUGUAUCUUAUGCACUUCAGAUGAGAUCAAAAAGUGUGAAAAAGCUGUCUUGACGAUCAAAUAUUUGUGGGCAGAUUUAAAAGAUAAAACGGAAGCUGAAUCCGCACUGUUGAGGGCAGCAGUUGUAGACCAGCUCACGGAAAUUCUUCUGGCAUCUAGGCUAGAGGAAGUUUUAAGGGCAACUAUUUGCAUAUUAUCUUUAUUGGUAAUAAGAGACAAGUUUAUUGUGCACAAUAUUCUGAAAAAUGAUCCAGAACUCUAUUUUGUCUCAGCUAUUCUCAAAAGAAGGAAGAUAUACGAGGCUGCUAUACUUCUCUAUCUGUUAGAACCCUCAGCUGUACAGAUGAAAACACUUGACAUAUUGACAAUUCUUGUAGAAGUAAUAUACAAUGGGAAUUACUAUGUUAAGGGACCAAUUUCUCUUCCAUGGACACCAAGUGCCACAGCAGUGAUGAUGAUUGAAAUAUUAGUCACCUCAUUUGAUUAUUUGACAAAUGUUUCACAUCUUCAGGCCAUUAUAUCUCUCAAUAUCCUUCCAGGCCUUUUGGAUAUUCUCAAAUCUGAGAAUAUGGAAGUGAGAAUUGCAGCAGUUUCUGUUCUCACUCUUUGUAUGCGAUCAGAUGGAACAUGUAGACAUUUUAUUUCUCAGAGAACACCGAUGGCAUCAAUAGUCCAACUUUUGCAUACUACCAAUGAAAGUUGUAAAUCAGUAGCACUGGAAUUCAUUUCUGAAGUAAUAUGCUUGCAGAGAAAUUCUUCUAUGGUUUGUAUACUACGGCAAAUACAACAGCAGGGAGCCUUCAGCAGUAUGCAUAUUUUGAUGGCUUACAUUCAACAUGUUCCCUUGGAACAUCAACCUUUGCCUGCAGGGCUUAUACUGCAACUGGAUAUGCUGGUAGAAUCGCAGGGGCAAAGUAUCUUCAGAGAUGAAGCAGUUGAGGUGCUUCUAGCAGCACUUACUUGUGAGGACUCAACAAGUGCACAAAUGUCAUCAUCAAAAGUUCUUGCUAGUCUGGGAGGUCGCUUUGCAUACACUGGAGAACCUGCUACAGUGGCUUGGCUGGUCAAAAAAGCAGGUCUAUCUCCUGCAAAUCAGAAGUAUAUAAGUGGGGAUUUGGGUUGUCUAGAUAAUAGCAUGCAGGAAGAAGAUCCUGAUGCAGUAAGUUGGAGUAACAAGAUAGCAAAGAAAAUUAUCUUAAGUGGAACCCCUGUAUUUGAGGCUUUAAAAAGGGGCCUCAAAAGCAAUGUUUCUGAAGUAGCCAGAAACUGUCUCAUUACUGUUGCAUGGCUAGGUUACGAACUUAGUGCAAUGCAGAGAAAUCGUUUGCGACCCAUUGCUCGUGACAUUAUAUUGCCUGAAUUAGUAACUUUUAUGCAGCCUGGAAUAGAGCUAGAGGAAAGGGUUCUUGCAUCUCUGUCUUUAUACAAUUACACUGCUGGUUCAGGUAUGCAGCAACUCCUAAAGUUUUCAAGGGAAUUGCAUGGACCAUUGAGACGCCUUGCAUCCUUCACAUGGACUGCAGAGGAGCUUUCAAAAGUCAUUGCAUACUCUUCCCCAUCUAGAACUAACACAGCCUGUGGUCAUAAACAAGUCAUUGAAAUUGUGGACAAUACAAAUGGGGCAACCCUUGCUCUCAUUCACUACAAAGGCAAGCUAUACAGUGGCCAUUCAGAUGGUUCUAUCAAGGUAUGGGAGGUCAACUGCAAACCUUUUCGGCUUGUACAGAAGGUCAGGGAGCAUCGAAAAUCAGUGACAUGUUUUUCUUUGCUUGAGCCUAGCAAGUAUCUUAUAAGUGGAUCUGCAGAUAAAACUGUGCGGAUUUGGAAUGGACUACAAAGGAGAUUGGAGUGUAUAAUAGUUAUGGAUAUAAUGGAUUCAAUUCAUGAGGUGGAUUCCCACGGCGAGAUGCUUUUUCUGGUCACCAAGAGUUGUGGAGUUAAGACUGUGCAGGUACAACAUGGAGAGGGCAUCAUUAAGAUUCUUAAUGAAAAUAAGCAAGUCCAAAGCCUCACCGUGGCUGACGACAAAAUCUACUGUGGAUGCAAAGAUUCAAGCAUACAGGAGAUAGGUGUGGCAGGCAGCCAGGCCAAACAAAUCCAAGGAUGUGCAAGAACCUGGCUAGGAAAUAAGCCGGUGUACGCAAUAGUCCCUUUUAGAGAUUGGAUUUAUACUGCAGGUGCCCUAGUGGAUGGUUUCAAUCUCAAAGUAUGGAGGAGACAGGAUGGAGCACUCCUUUCAAUGGUAUCAACAGGAUCUGAUGUGCGAGCAAUGGCCGUAACUGAAGAUUUCAUUUACUUGAAAUACAGUUCAUCUCCAACUAAAAUUCAGAUAUGGCUAAGGGAAAAACUACAGAAAGUUACCAGCUGGUCGGUGGGCAGCAGAAUCACAAGUCUUCUUGCAUCAAAUGAUGUUAUUUUCUGUGGUACAGACAAUGGCACGAUCAAGGCAUGGGUUCCAAUCUAAACAGCCACACAAUCCAAAAACUUUGAAACCAUUUUUACUGAUCCCAUUGAAUCAGAAAAAUGAGUCUCUCUUUCCUUUUGCAGUGGCGGGAAGGUCACUUCUUACUGACAAGGGAAAUGUACGAUAUGUAGAGUUCAUAAUAUAUCACUCCUUUUAUGUAAAGGUAUUAAUUUUGUUUCUUUCAAAUUGUUUUAAGAUAUUUAUUCUUAGAUUAGCAAUUACAGAUAGAAUUGUAGGGAUUUUAUACGCCACGAGUCAAAACUAUCAUAACUAAAAUCGUUAUUCUCGACCGCCAGAGUGGUCUGUUCGAAUGACACAUAUCCAGGGGCUGCUUUUAGAGUUUGAACCUUGAUCUUCUUAAUUUUGUAAAUGGUAAUAAUAAUAAUAACAUGAUAUUUUAAUCUUGUAAAGGAAGAUUUUGUUUUUGAAAAAUAAUCCUACAGGAUCAUUGGAUGUUGUUCCGUAGAACUUAAUAGUUGGGCUUGAUCUAAUAUUUGUGAGAGCAUCUAAUUUAAAAAAAAUAUUAGAUGUGGUUUUAA